GAUGACGAAAAAUGGACUUCAAAAGCUUGGUUUGUGUCCUUGCAUUAUUAUUCAACACCAAUCUAGUUUUAGCAGAAGAUCGCAAACUGCUAGCAGCAAGUUCGAAGGAGCUGAUAUUCAUGAAUAUAGAUGGAACAAAUCCUGAAGUGAUUGUUCAAAGCGAUUUGUACAAUAUUAGAAGUAUUGCCUAUCACGAGACAAAGAAAUACAUAUAUUUCACAGAAUAUCAAUCUGGCAACAUUACACGGUUCCAUUUUCCAUCUGAUGAUUAUAUUAUGGAAGUAAUUGUUCAACAAAAUUCAGGACAUGUAGUGUCCAGUAUCACAGUUGAUUAUCUCAACGAUUAUUUAUACUGGUCAAACUCAAGCGAUGGCAAAAUAAUAAGAUCAAAUCUUGACGGAUCAGACAUAACGCCUAUACUUGAUUUCAGUAGUUAUGGUUCUCUAGGAAUUUUAGAAGUAGAUUUAAUAAAUGGAUGGAUCUACUUCAUUAAUGCCUUGAACGGAUCAAUUUUUAGAUGCAUGGUAGAUGGAUCUGACCUACAAUUAUUUUUUUCAAGUUGGUGGAUAUAUGAUAUUGCUAUUGAUAACCAAGACCAAAGAAUAUAUUUCAGUUCUUCCCAUACAGUUGGAUCUACAACUUAUGACGGUAAUGAUUUGAGGACGAUACCAAUAGAAUAUCGGUUUUGGAGUGGGCAAAAUAGAAUAGAACUUUCUGGUGACGUUAUUUUCUAUUCGGACAAUUAUUUAAUGUAUCGAGCCACCAAAAACAAUUCUCAAGCAAUUUGGUGGUACUUGGAUGAUACUAUAUAUGCAUUUAAAAUUUAUGAAAAGACGGGAGACUGUAAGAAAUACACAGCAAUCAAAAAUGAAGAAAAAAGAUCAAAAGACUAUCUCACUGACUUGGCAAAUAGUCGAUCUACAAGUGAUGAAUAUUUAGACGACAGAUGGUACAGAAUUUUCAGUGCAAAUGGGGAUCAAAUGCCAUCAUAUCCUCCUGGUAUAAUGCAUUGUGGGACCAUCUAUCCUAUUUGGCUCAAUGGAACUCUACCUAGAGUGGAUGAUGGUAACAUUAGCGGAGAAGCAUGCGUUCAAAAAGAGAAUGACAUUUGUGAACAGUCUAUUGCCAUAGAAAUAAAGAAUUGUGGAGUAUAUUUUAUUUAUUCUCUCCAGGAAGCGCCACCGAAUUCGUCAUUUUGCUUCGGAAGCGGUCCAGUUGUCUGUCCAGUUGGCAUGUCAUCUGAAACAGGUUUUUAUCCUGGGUGUAGCUCGAUCUACCCAAAGACAGUGGUGUCUGUUGUUGUACAGGCAGAACUUUUGGAAGGUUCCAGCUUCCAAAUCCCUGGAUACGAUCCAACACCAAGUUUAUUACCUGUAUUUAGAUGUAAGUUUCAAGAAGGAUCAAAUGCAACUUAUAUAUACGACAUCUUCUGGUACAUAAAUGGGAAUAAAAUCACAUCGUAUGCCAACAUUUCAAUAGAAGGUGUAACCACCACUCUUCUUAAACACACAGACUGGAUAGAUAAUUAUACGAUGAAUAUGGAGGUUCAAUGUGCAGUUAGAAUGAGAUAUUUUGUUAACUCUGUGCCUGGGCCAUUUUAUUACAGUGAAAAGUUCAAAGCUGGACUCUUUCCGGAAAAGUAUGAAUAUACAGUAAUAGAAGGCGAGUCCAUAACCAUUUCGUUCAAAUCAACAGUUCCUGUAGGUUGUAUUGCUUCACAUAAAGAACUCAUGACUCACUGCGACCAAAAUUUUUAUGUAUUUCAACCUACAAAGAAUCAAAACUUCGAAUCGUGUUUUAAUAAUAUUGCUAUGAAAGAUAUCAUAUUUAAAGCGCAAUUUUGUGGCAUCACAUUUGGAGCCAGUGACUGGCAAGACGAAAAGACAUUGGAAGUAUACGGUAUUAGUGAUGGUCUAUACAAUAGUAAAUUUAGAGCAGCUUAUGUCAGACUUUCAACUUCAACAGUCUCAACAUUAAAUGAAAUGUGGCAAAGUGUUAAAAUUCCAGAUAUUAAGGUAACCGUCAUCGAUAAGGAUAUAACUUUGGCAAACAGGCUUUGUCAAUCUCAUAAUGAUCCCCAUAUCAGAACUUUCGAUGGAAUCCAUUACGACAUGAUGGAAGUUGGUGAAUUUGUUCUGUAUAGAAAUGACAACGGACCCUAUUGGGUUCAUGCAUUGUUUACGAACUGUGGUUGGACUAGUGCAUCGUGUAAUUGUGGAAUAGCAGUAAGAAGUCGUAGCUCCUUAUUUGUUAUAAGGACAUGCGCAGUUGUGUCAAGAACGAAACAAGAAUUAUUGAAGACACCAAUUACCAAAUUGAUAAGUUGUAAUGAAAACGACUUACUGAUAAACUAUAACCAGCGAAGAAACGAGUACACGAUAACCUUACCUACUGGAACAGAAAUCAAUGUUCAUAUUUCCUGGAGAUUCAUUCGGUCAGUGUCAAUAAAACCUUCAAGUUAUGAUAUAAAUGAGGCUAAAGGACUUUGUGGUGUUCCUAGUAUCACAAAAGAUCCAUCUGAUGAUUAUACUGAUCGUAAAAAAAGACCAGUGAGCAGCAGUCAAGAAUUUGCAAAAUCUUGGAGAAUAACUUCAGCAAUGGAAAAUGAACAGUUGUUUGUACAAGAACCUGGUUUUAUCAAUGAUGAAUUAAAUGUUGACCUUGAGAAAAUUCCCUCAAACACAAACAUCUCGACUGCGACGACAUUUUGCUCAUGUGAGGAUCAGGCCAGUAACACGGAAUCACUCAACGAUUUCAACAUCAUACAAUGUAAUUUGACUGAAAGUACGGAAUUUUGCUCGAGUUCAUUACAGUCUGGAAACAAGAUACAUUCAUAUUCUACUUCUUGUAAAAUCUCUAAACGCAAACGCCGUUCAGGAAGUCACCGUAGUUUAUCUCGACGAAGUACAGCUGAUACUGAAGACAGUGAUGAUAUGACGGAUUUUGAACCUGUUGUUUAUGAUGAAGACCUCAACAGUACAGAUGUGAUUUCAAAGACCUUUCGAAACGGCUGGACUGCAGAUAUAGCUUACCAAACAUGUCAAGAAGCAUUAACGACGGCAAUUCCAUCUGAGGUUUACAGCAAUUUUGUUGAGGUGGAUGUGGAGAAUUUUAUACAGUCUUGCGUAUCGGAUAUUGAGAUAACUGGGGAUACGUCAUUUUUAACGGAUACUAUCAGUGCCAUGGCAACAACUAUCUUGAUGGAAGUUUCAAGAAAUGAAUCACUUUUUAUUAUGAACACAACUGAUGGUUCACAGACAUUACUUAGGCAAAUUACAAGCAAAUUGUGUAUAAACAACUGUAGUCAUAACGGCAUCUGUAUUUCAGGGGGUUGCGAAUGUUCAAAUGGAUAUAUUGGAGAUGACUGUUCUAAAGAUGUUUCACAACCACCUGUUAACAUAAGUCUGCCAUCUGAUGGUUUAUGUACCACAUCAACUCGUGCAUGCAAGAAGACUAACAUCUAUGGGGAUUUUCUUUCAACCGAAAUAUGGUACAAGAUCAGAUAUUUUAAGGUAGUUGAUAAUUCUAAAUCGUAUUCAUCGAAUUGGGAAGUUAACAAGGCUGAGUAUAGGAAUAUGUUUAUGGUUACCGUUGAACUCAAUGUUGCAAGAAAAACUCGUGCAUCCUCAGGAAAUAAGAUGGCAGAAGGGUAUGAGAUCACACUCUCGAACGACGGAACCAAUUUUGGGGAUGAAGUUACCAUCCUUAUUUAUGACGACGGAUGCUUUUCAUGCAAUCUAUCUAUGACUUGUGUUUCAUUGGAAGUCUGCGAAUCGUCCAUAGAGAAUCAAGAAAAUAACAAAGAUAGUAACAAGACCAUUAUAGCACUAGCUUUAUCUUUUGGUGUGAUUGGUGUGGUUGCUUGCUUGUUAGCUUUACUAUUCUACUUGAAGCACAAAAACAGUGAUGAAAAGACAAAAGUUGGUGUGUACUCUGGCUGCCAACAAGACAGUGGUAAAGAUGUGGACAAUGGCAUGUUGUCCAAUCGGACCAAAACAUUUAGAGAAAAUACCAUAAGCGAUCUUAAUGUUUACAUUGAAGACGGCGGAGAAGCAUCAAUUGGCAAUUUCGGGAAACAGCUACCACCACAAAACCAUUUCAAGAACAAUUCAUAAUUUAGCAAAAAAAAAACACCAAUUUGACUUAAUGUCAAUGACAUGUUGAUUUUUUUUUAUGAUAUAUUUUUCUUUUGAAACGUUGAAACGUUGACACCAGUAAUUAGAAUCUUUUUCUGUUCUAUAAACAUAAUCGUGGUUAUUAAUAAGUAAAUUUCUUUUCAUAUUUCGCUUAUAUAUGCUGCCCUCGAUUGAAAACUUGUUUUUUUGUAAUUGCGAACAGUUAUUUGGAGCUUAUUAAAUUCUCCCUCGCCUGCUAGUCAGAAUUUAAAGUAUGUAAAUUCCUUCGUAUAAAUAAGGCAAAACUCUACUAUAGGUUUGGUUGCUCGCAGUAACUUGUUCUUUUCUCUUGCAAACAAUGUUUAAUAACAUAAUAAUCUAAUAUAAUUUAAUAACAAUUUGACAUUUGCAUACAACAAAAUUGAUCAACACUCAUUAUAUGUAAUGAACUUAAACUCUAUAUGAUCCGUUUUCCUAAAUAUGACAAUAAACGGUAAACUGUACGUUGUAGUUACUGUGAGCACCUUCGAUGAACUGACAGCUCAACAAUUUCUUUACAUAAUAUAACGGAACCCUUCCUUUAAACCGCCAAAGGAUUUAACGUGCAUAUAUAACCAAUAUAUCUAAAUUCAAAAUAACAAUAACCCGUUUUACAACUUCUCUAACAGUUUUGAAUAUAUCUAUCUAUAUUUAAUGCAGGGGAAAUCCCUAAAGUAAAACGAAAAAAAAAACACUUUUCGUUACAAUUAGUGCAUUACCGGUGCAAUGUAUACAAGUAAAAUAAAUAUUGUCAUAUUACGUUAUAUAUAAAAAUAAGGAGACAACUAUCCACCAAAGUUCAAAUGAAGUGCAUGUAAGCAAUUAUAGGCAACCGAUACGGCCUUCAACAAUGAGAAAACCCCAUAUCAUAUAGUCGGUUAUAAAAGGCUCCGACAUGAAAAAUAUGAAACAAUUGAAUUGGGAGAACUAACGGCCUUAUUAUUUAUAACAAAACUAUUUGCGAAAAAAAAACAAAUAUAAUGACGGACAU